AUGGCUGAUUUGGAAGAAAAAGAUAUGGUUGAACGUUGGUCAAAAGGAAAAAUAAUCAAUCACAAAAAUAAUACAAUUUCAAUGAGUGCAAAUGCGUUACAGUGUAUGGGUUUUGAUCAUCAGCUAUUGGUUCAUUUUGUUGGGAAUGCACAUGCAGAUGGAAAAAUUAUGAAUAUGAACGGUCCCCGACAAAAAUUGCCUCAGUAUCUCCUUGUCAACAGUCUAGAACAGUUGAAAGAAAACGUUUACUUUUAUUUUCUUUGGGGUGACAGUUUAAACGCGUAUACAGCGUCUUUAGAAGGGAAACAAAUUAAUAUUGACCUAAAUCUUUUUGAUCAUGAAUGA